UCUUUGAACCCCUGUUUUCUUAUCUGUCAUAUGGAAAUAGUAACAUCCCUGCUUUAUUCUCCUUUAUGGGAUUGUUAUGACUUAGAUAAUGUGCAUGGAAACACUUUAUGAACUUCAGCAGCGAGGCCUUAGUCUUUGUAGGCCUCACUUCUUGGUGCCUCAGUUUUGGACAGCGGGUUUCUAACCUGCCCUAGGUUUGUAGGGGGAGAAGAGGCAAGAAAGGAAGGAAGUUGCUUGGCUGCCCCAUCCCUGGGUCCUUCGGGCAGAGUGGGGUGGGUGCAGGCUUGCUGGAGAGGCCCGGCCCUCCUGGGAUGUGCUGUCCCCCGCAGCCGGGUCCUUCUUGCCUCCAGUUUGGAACUUCCCCGGGGUGGGGGACGAGCCUUCCAUUUCUCACCCAGAUGUGCUUUGUGAUCCACCUGGAGAAAAACCCGCCGCCUCAGCAUGGAGAGCGCAGCCAGCAUGCCGUCCACCCCCAGAGCGCUGCCCUACUAUGUGGCCUUCUCCCAGCUGCUGGGUCUGACCGUGGUGGCCAUGACAGGCGUGUGGCUUGGCCUGUACCGAGGGGGCAUUGCCUGGGAGAGCGCCCUGCAGUUCAACGUGCACCCCCUGUGCAUGGUCCUAGGCCUGGUGUUCCUGCAGGGAGAUGCCCUGCUGGUCUACCGUGUCUUCAGGAACGAGGCCAAACGCACAACCAAGGUCCUGCAUGGGCUCCUGCACAUCUUUGCAUUUGUCAUUGCCCUGGUGGGCUUGGUGGCCGUGUUCGACUACCAUAAGAAGAAGGGCUACGCUGACUUGUACAGCCUGCACAGCUGGUGUGGGACCCUCGUCUUCAUCCUUUACCUUGUGCAGUGGCUUGUGGGCUUCAGCUUCUUCCUGUUCCCGGGCGCAUCCUUUUCUCUGCGGAACCGCUACCGCCCUCAGCACAUCUUCUUUGGUGCCACCAUCUUUCUCCUCUCUGUGGGCACAGCCCUGCUAGGCCUGAAGGAGGCGCUGCUGUUUAAACUUGGGACCAAGUACAGCACGUUCGAGCCUGAGGGAGUCCUGGCCAACGUGCUGGGCUUGCUGCUGGUCAGCUUCGCCGUGGCUGUGCUCUACAUCUUGACCCGCACCGACUGGAAGCGGCCGCCCCAGGCCGAGGAACAGGCUCUCUCCAUGGACUUCAAGACGCUGACGGAGGCAGACAGCCCCAGCUCCCAGUGACGGCUGGUCUCGUCCUACGGGGAGGGGGCUGGGAGUGGUGGGCUCCCAGUUCUCUGGGGGUAAUGCUGUGUCCCUUUUUGCCCACUCCCUGCUGAGGUCGACUGUCUUCAAGAUCAGGCUCCUGGGUGAGGGGCUUGUGCAGAGUGGGUGGGGAGUGUGGGUGCAGCUGGUCUAUUUAGUGCUUUCUGGGGUUUAGGGCUCGUUCUCCUCUGCUCUCCCUUCCUCUGCUGCUUUACGAUAGUCCUAUUAGUCAUGCAUAGGCCCCGUGCCCCUGAUGUCCCCUCAAACAGAGAAGGCUUCGGGUAGGGUUUGGGUGGUAAGCCCUGGUUGCAGAGCGGAUCCUAAAGGAGAGGGAGAGUGGCUCUACCCCAGCACUGGGUGCCUGUCGGGAGACACUGCAGGGCCUCAGGGCCAAGCCCAGAAAAGCCAGACUGCUCUUUGUGUAAACACUGAAUUCAAACCAGAAGUCCAGCUAGCCUGAGCAGCAUGUGGUGUAAAUGGCCCCGGUCUUUGGCAGUGGGAGCAAGUGAUAUGAUGUGUUAAAUAUGCUGGUGUUCAGAGCAGGGCUCCCCAGGAGAGGGGAGGGACUCGCCCCUGGGACGCACUGGGAAGGGGCUUUGGCCCAGCUGCUGCCUGCAGCCCUCCCUUUUCCUUAACCCUUCAGCCCCAGGAUAACUCUGCUGGGAGAGGGGAUAGACGCACAUGGCUGCAGACAAAUUUUCCCUGCGUCUGGGGCAGCCUAAAGAAGAGGAAGGGUGUGAUUUCAGGAAGACGGUCUCGGGCAGCGGGGCAUGCUUUUCUCAUUCCUGCAGGGGUUACGUUCCCUGGAGCGCGGAGGGCCGAGCUCCUGCCCCCGCCUCCAUGCUGCCCAGUCCUGGUUUUUGACUCACAAGCUUUUUUUUUAAAGUGAAAAGCAGCUGUUGUUGUCUCCUUUGAUGGGAAGGGCAGGGGCUGCUUGCUGACUCCUGCUUGAGUGCCUGCCUCUGUUCUGGAAGAUAAGCCUUCCUCUCUUACCUGGUGCCCGUCUUUGGAGGAAGUUAGGACUGAGUCUAAAUUGGAUUAAUCCCUGGGGAGUCUGGACUUCCCCUGCCCCCAUAAAGUGUGUCUGCUGUUAGCUGAGUCACUGUUUGGCUUCAGUCUAGAAAUAAUGUGAUUAGAGCAUCGACCUUGUGCAUCUGGGACUGGGAGAAUGGCUCUCUCCUUGUUUUCUUCAUUUUCUGGGUUUUGAGAAGCAUCACAGUUUGAGACAGACAAAAACAUUAAGUUUUCUUAAAUGAAAUUAAUGAAAUCCCCAAAUGUGACUACUCUACUGUUAACAGUUGCCUUUUCCACACCCCAAUGCUGCCCUGGAGAAAUGGGCUUCGCUGGUGCUCCAAUUUCCAAUCACCAGCCCUCCCCGCGGUCCUGCCUCGGGCGAUGCUUCUUAGAGCAGGUGGCAGUGGUUCAACCCCUCCCCCCAGCAGGACUCUCCCCAUGUCCCCCAGCUGGCCCUGGAUGGUGGUCUCUGCGCCCGCUUUCGAUUGUAUGCUCUGCAAGGGAGGGAUUCUGUCAAUUCUUUGGUCACCUGGUAUACACUUGUACAAUCCGACGUUUACGUGUGGAGAAACUCCACCUUAGACAAACUGCCAAAGUACAAUUGUGGAUCACCCUUGCCAGCAUGCCACAUCGCGAAAUGGAACCUUAGAUGAGGCACUACAAGUCUUCAACUGGUCUUUUUUCCAAAGUGUAUGUUGGAUGAAUAAGGAGUCAAAGAAGGUUCCCAAAAGGUGGGCCCCUAGUGGUUUAUUUUGCCUGUGGUCAACCUUCUGUGGAGUAUACAAUGUAUUGUUGAUGCAACAAAUGAUUCAAUAAAUGUCUACAGCAAACCUCUCA